AAGAAACUUUACUGAGUUUCUCCACACAGUUUGACUGAGCCGCGAAUGUGAAGAGAAGAUCAGGAGCUUUGGGAAUGAAGUGCUCGUGUUUUGUGUGGAUCAUCGGGCUGUUGUUGGGAUGUUGUGCUGCUCAGCAGAGAGGUCUUUUCCCAGCCGUGCUGAAUCUGGCUUCAAUGGCAGAGAUCAGUACCAAUGCAACAUGCGGAGAGACGGGACCAGAGAUGUACUGCAAACUAGUGGAACAUGUACCCGGACAACCGGCGAAAAACCCACAGUGCAGAGUCUGUAACCUGAGGAGUCAAGUGAAGAAUGAGCAACAUCCGAUUGAGUACGCCAUCGACGGGACAAACAACUGGUGGCAGAGUCCCAGUAUCAAGAACGGGAUGGAGUACCAUUACGUCACUAUUACUUUAGAUCUACAACAGGUUUUCCAGAUCGCAUAUGUGAUCAUUAAAGCAGCAAACUCGCCUCGUCCUGGAAACUGGGUUCUAGAGCGUUCUCUGGAUGGUGAAACUUACACGCCGUGGCAAUAUUACGCCAUAACAGACACUGAGUGCAUCACACGCUUUAACAUCAUGCCCAGAAGAGGUCCUCCAUCUUACACACGUGACGAUGAGGUCAUCUGUACUUCCUACUACUCUAAAAUUCAUCCGCUGGAGAACGGCGAGAUACACACGUCACUGAUAAACGGCCGUCCCAGUGCUGAUGACCCCUCCCCAACUUUACUCAACUUUACCUCUGCCCGCUACAUCCGCCUGCAGUUCCAGAGGAUUCGCACCCUAAAUGCUGACCUAAUGACCCUCGCCCAAAAUGAUCCCAGAGAUGUUGACCACAUCGUCACCAGACGGUAUUACUACUCUAUUAAGGAUAUAUCAGUGGGUGGUAUGUGUAUCUGUUAUGGUCAUGCUAAGGCCUGUCCUCUCAUCCAAGACACCAAGAAAUUCAGCUGUGAGUGUGAACACAACACUUGUGGAGAAAGCUGUGACCGCUGUUGUCCUGGUUACAAUCAAAAGCCGUGGAUGGCUGGAACCUUUCUCACGCGACACAUCUGUGAAAAGUGUAACUGUCAUGGUAAAUCAGACGAAUGUUACUACAACCAGACUGUGGCUGAUGCUAAACUCAGUUUAAACCUAAAUGGAGAAUAUGAAGGAGGCGGAGUCUGUAUUGGUUGCUCUGACAACACAGCUGGAAUUAACUGUCAAUCAUGUGCAGAUGGUUACUACAGACCAGCAGGGAUGAGUCCAGAUGAAGCUCAGCCCUGCAGACUAUGUUCCUGUGACCUGAGGGGUUCUCUUCAUUCUUCAUGUGUUCCUGAUGAGAGUCAGGCCAAGAGAGAUCUGGCUGUAGGCGCAUGCAUUUGUAAGCAGGGAUACGCAGGUGAGAAGUGUGACAGGUGUGCGUUUGGAUACACUGGAUUCCCUCUGUGUGAACGAUGUCACUGUAGCAGUGAGGGAAGCAAAAACCAGGAUCCCUGCCAGCCACCUUGUGUUUGUAAGGAACAUGUCGAGGGACAGAACUGUGACCGCUGUAAACAGGGAUACUAUGAUCUCCGUAGAGACCGUCUCUGUGGAUGUGAGAAGUGUUACUGCUCUGGGUUGGGCAACCUCUGCACAGAAUCCCACUGGGACUACAGUAAUGUGACAGAUAUGUCUGGUUGGUAUCUCACAGGUGUGGAUGGGGAGGGGCUAGUAUGGGCGGAGCCUAGCAGAGACACUCCCAACCAGGUGACUGUGAGCCAACCGGACGCCCAGAUUUACCUAAAAGCUCCUUACUACUGGAGUGCCCCGUCUGCCUAUCUGCGCAAGAAACUCAUGGCUUAUGGAGGCAGGUUGGUGUACAGUGUAUCUUCUGACACUGAAGUUGACGUCGCCCUUCACAUCUCCUCUGGUCCUGAUGUCAUUAUAGAGGGUGGUGGUCUGCGUUUGAUUGACAGCAAGUCUGGGGUGAAUGUGUAUCCAUUCUCUGCAGCGGAGCGCAGGAUAGAUCUUCUUCCAGAAAGCUUUCAGCAUUAUGCCUCAGGAUUGGCUGUCAGUAAGAAAGACUUUCAUGCUGUACUCAACAACAUCGAGCGUCUCUUACUCCGGGCCUCUUUCGGUCAGGAACACAGCGCCAUCUACAGGUUGGGUACCGUGAGCAUGCAGGUUGCUAGCGCGGAUUCUCGUAGUGGUGUUCAGGCUCGUGCUGUAGAGGUGUGUCAGUGUCCUUCAGGAUAUGACGGCACUUCAUGUGAGAUGUGUGCUCUUGGAUAUCGCAGGGUGAAUGGAAGUUUGUAUCGGGGUUUGUGUGAAUUGUGUCAUUGCCACGGACACUCAAACCGCUGUGAUGACAUCACUGGGUACUGCCAGGAUUGUAGGAACCACACAGCAGGACCAAACUGUGAGCGAUGUGCCACUGGUUACUAUGGAGAUGCCACCCGGGGAACAGCCAAUGACUGUCAGCCGUGUGCCUGUCCUCUUCUGACUCCAUCAAACAAUUUUAGCCCAACGUGUCACCUGGAUGGCAGAGGUGAGGUGAUAUGUGAUCGAUGUCCGCCCGGUUACACCGGUACACGCUGUGACAGGUGUGCUAACGGAUACUUUGGUCGUCCCAACAUUCCCGGUGGUUCGUGUCAGCCGUGUUUAUGUAACGAUAACCUGGAUUCUAGCGCAGCACUCAGUUGUGAUUCAGUGACUGGAGCGUGUCUGCGCUGUCGUGAGGGAUACGGAGGAGCGACCUGUGAAAGAUGUGCUGAUGGCUACUUUGGAGAUGCUCUUGUAGCCAAGAAUUGCCAACCGUGUUCGUGUCACAUUAAUGGAUCCGUUUCUGAGGUCUGUCAUCAGGAGACGGGUCAAUGCCAAUGCCGACAACAUGUUGUUGGACGUCAGUGUGAUGAGUGUAUGCCAAAUUGUUGGUGGGACAGUGAGGUUCAGUUGUGUAAAGCGUGUCAGUGCAGUCCUCGGGGCUCAGUGUCUCAGCGCUGUGACCCUGAGGGACGCUGCAUCUGUCGCGCCGGCUACUUGGGCCGCAGAUGUGACCUCGUGCGCCCGCCUCACGCCCGCAGAGAGACCCGUCGACCCGUUCAACAGGUGCCCAUCCUAAACAUCCACAGAUGGGAAAGCAGAGGGGGCUGCCCGAGAGGGGCGUACCGCCCCACCACUGCGUCGGGCAGACACAUGCAGGGCAACCAGGGCUGCGUCCCGUGCCACUGUAACUCAUUCGGAUCAAAGUCCUUUGACUGUGAUGAGAGCGGUCAGUGUCGCUGUCAGCCCGGUGUCUCUGGACAGAAGUGUGACCGCUGCGCUCCGGGACAUUUCAGCUUCCAGGAGGGAGGCUGUACACCAUGCCAAUGUACCCAUGUGGGAAACAACUGUGAUGCUAACACAGGUCAGUGUAUCUGUCCGCCCAACACCAUAGGAGAGAGAUGUGAUAGAUGUGCACCCAACCACUGGGGUCAUGACAUCACCACCGGCUGUAAGGCAUGCGGCUGUAACGCACUGGGUUCUACGACGCAGCAGUGUAAUAUCAACACGGGCUGUUGCGCGUGCCGUGAUCAGUUUAGGGGUGAGAAAUGUGACGAAUGUAAACUGGGUUACAGAGACUUCCCACAAUGCAUUUCCUGCCAGUGCACGGCGGCCGGCUCGUCUGUGGAGACCUGCGAUGCAGCCAGCGGCCUCUGCGCAUGUGCAGACAGAAGUGGACAGUGCUCCUGUAAGGCUAAUGUGGAUGGUGUGAGGUGUAAUCGUUGUAAGGUGGGAUCAUUCGGUCUCACUCACAGGAAUCCACUGGGCUGCAGUCAAUGUUACUGCUUUGGUUUGAGCAGCUCAUGUACUGAAGCUACAGGACUCAUACGAAUGUGGUUAAGGCUGACGCCCGAGCAGACGAUUCUUCCUCUGGUGGACAGAUCCAGUGUACAGGAAAUCACAGCGGGUGUGAGUUUUCAACACCCUGACAUCAUCGCUAACGCUGAUGUGGUCCGUCAGCAUAUGAAUGAGCCCUACUACUGGAAACUGCCCAAACAAUUCAAAGGAUCCAUGAUAACAGCAUACGGUGGAAAGUUGAAGUAUGCCAUCUAUUAUGAAGCCCGUGAAGAGACGGGGCAAACCGCUUAUGAGCCACAGGUCAUCAUUAAGGGCGGCCCCAACAGGGACAAAGUGAUGGUCCGUCACAUGCCAGCGCUUCAGAUUGGCCAGCUUACCCGUCAUGAGAUUGAUUUAACAGAGCAUGAAUGGAAACACAAGGACGGUGGGUCGAUGUCUCGUCAGGACUUCAUGGAUGUUCUCUUUUACAUUGAUUAUAUUCUGAUCAAGGCAUCACACGGCAACGUAAUGAGACACAGCAGAAUAUCUGAGAUCUCUGUGGAGGUAGCAGAGGUGGGUCCAGCAUCAAAGGACACUGAAAUCGCUCAUCAGAUUGAGAAAUGUGACUGUCCUCUGGGAUACGCCGGCCUUUCCUGUGAGGAAUGUGCAGCCGGGUUCUACAGACUCUCAGUGCAGGCAGGUGGUGUGGCAUCCAGGGCCGGAUUCGGCAGCUGCGUUCGAUGCCAAUGCAACGGUCACAGUGACUGGUGCAAUCCUGAAACGGCCGUCUGCCAGAAUUGCCAGCAUAAUACAGUAGGAGAUAAGUGUGAGAGAUGUGCUCCAGGGUUUUACGGUGUGGUUCGCGGGUUACCCGACGACUGCAAACCCUGUGCGUGCCCUCUCCUCAACCCUGAGAACAAUUUUAGUCCCAGCUGUCAGAAUGAAGGUUUCCAUGACUAUCGCUGCACUGCGUGUCCUGAAGGUUACACUGGAAAACACUGUGAGAGGUGCGCUCCUGGUUUCCACGGUAACCCGAGCGUGGUGGGAGGCAGGUGCGAGGAGUGUAAGUGUGAUGCGUAUGCUGCAUUUCCCGUACCGUGUGAUGCUGUGUCCGGACAGUGCCGGUGUCGUCCUGGUGCCAGCGGAUUGAAGUGUGACCGCUGCAUUGAGAUGCAUGUGUGUGGCCCUAAUGGCAUCGUGUCGUGCGAUGACGACUGUGCUGGGCUCUUGAUUCGUGACAUGGAACGUUUGCUACGUUUGAUUGGCAGUGUCAAUCUGACUUUGCCCCUCCCCCUGCCAUAUAAAGUCCUUUAUCGGUUUGAGAACAUGACAGAGGAGCUGAAGCACAUGCUUUCACCACAAAGAGCACCAGAGAGACUGCUGCAGCUGGCCGACAGCAAUCUAAACAGCCUGGUUACCGAAAUGGAUGAGCUGCUCAGCCGGGCAACUAAAGUAUCUGCUGAUGGUGAGCAAACAGCCGCAGAUGCAGAGAGGAGUCGUAAAGGGGCAGAGGACCUGGAGCGCUACGUUAGGAACACACGCCUGGCUGCUGAAGCUUUACGGGACAAAGCUCACGAGCUGAACGCGACCCUUGGUGCAAAGGAUGGAGAACCGGAAAAAAGUGUCAAUGAGAUGAAUAAAGAAAUUCAAGCCAUGCUCGCAGAACUACGCAAACGUCAGCUCUCCGGCAAGAAACGCAUAGCUGAUGAGGAAGAAGGGGCCGCAGAGGCUCUUUUUGCUAAAGUGAAGCGUUUGUUUGGAGAUCCACACCAGACCACAGAGGACCUGAAGAAGGAGGUCGGUGAUAAGAUGAGAGAUUACGGACAAAAACUGGAUGAAGCUCAGGAUCUUCUGAGGGAAGCUCAGGACAGAACCAGAGAUGCAGGCGAUCGAUCUGCUAGUAACCAACGAAAACUGGACAACCUACAGGGAAAGAUGGAGGCUGUCGGUAAGAAGAAAAAAGAAGCGGGAGGAAUUCUGGCAGACGGAGAGAAGAUGCUGGAUGAAGCAAACGCUCUCUCAGACAACAUCAACCGUGGCAAAGAGGAGCUGGAGGAGAUGGCCAAAGAGUUGGAUCCUCUGCAUGAUCAACUGGACUCUAAGGUGAAAAGGUUAAGUCGAGGUAUGGAUGACAGGAUCCCUGAGCUACUGCUGACAGCCGAGGAUCACGCUGCUCAACUCAAUGACUCUGCUGGUCUACUCGACAGUAUUCUAGCUGAUGCAAAGAACCUGUCCUUCAACGCCACAGCUGCCUUCAAUGCAUACACCAACAUCAAGAAAUACAUCGAUGAGGCUGAUAAAGUGGCCAAAGAGGCUAAAAAGAACAGUAUUGAAGCUUUACAGUUGACUUCCGGACCCAAAGGAUCUCUUAAAGAUCAGGCCAAAGGAUCUGUCCAGAAGAGCAAUCAUCUGUUGAACGAAGCUAAAGACUUUCAGGGGGAUGUGACAGAAAAUGGAAAUAAUGUUGCAGCUCUUCAGUUUAGACUGAAAGCAGCCGACAGAAAGAAGAAAGAUUUACAGAGAGGACUGAACGACACCAUGGAGAAGCUCAAAGCCAUCCCAGAUGAUCUGGCGGUGAAGAUCCAGGCCACUAAGGAUAAGGCUGGUAAGGCCAACGACACAGCGAUAGAUGUCCUCAACCGACUGAAGGAUCUGAACUUCAAUCUGAUGGGCUUAAAGCAGAACUACACUAAACUGGAGGACGAUGUCAAGAAAGCCAACAACCUCAUCAAAGACCCUGAAAAAAACAUUCAUGCUGCAGGUUCCAAAGUGAAAGAUCUUGAGAAAGAGGCAGAUCGAUUGCUGGAGAAAGUAAAGCCAAUUCAGGAACUUCAAGACAACCUAAAGAAAAACAUCUCACAGAUAAAGGAACUCAUUAACCAAGCUCGCAAACAGGCAAACUCUAUUAAGGUGUCUGUGUCGUCCGGUGGAGACUGUAUCCGUACCUAUCGUCCAGAGAUCAAGAAAGGCCCUUACAACACCAUUAUUCUCCAUGUCAAGACUGUGGCUGCUGAUAACCUGCUCUUUUAUCUGGGCUCAGCCAAAUAUGUGGAUUUCCUGGCUAUUGAGAUGAGGAAAGGAAAAGUGAACUUCUUGUGGGAUGUCGGAUCUGGCGUCGGCCGUGUAGAAUAUCCUCAUCUCAUCAUCAAUGAUGGAAACUGGCAUCGAAUCGAAGCCUCACGUAACCGGCUGAACGGCACUAUUUUAGUCCGAGCGCUGGAAGGACCGAACACGGGCGUUGUGAAUGCUCGCGCCAGCUCCAAAUCACCUGAGUCUUACACUAUACUGGAUGUGGAUCAGAACGCUUAUCUAUUUGUUGGUGGCAUGCUGGGCUCUGUGAAGAAGGCAGAUGCUGUAAAAACCAUCACAUUCUCAGGCUGUAUGGGUGAAACAUCUCUGGAUGGUAAACCUAUUGGUCUGUGGAACUACAGAGAGAGAAAUGGAGAUUGUGCUGGUUGUGUAGUCAGUCCUCAGCCUGCAGACACUGAAGGUACAGUUCAGUUUGAUGGUGAGGGAUACGCCGCUGUCAGCCGUCCCAUCAGAUGGAAUCCCAACGUUUCCACGGUGAUGUUCAAGUUCCGCACCUUCUCCACAGAUGCAGUGAUGAUGUACUUUGCCACCAAGGACAUGAAGGACUUCAUGAGCGUGGAAUUAAAUGAGGGCCGGGUGAAAGUGAGUUAUGAUCUGGGUUCGGGUAUGGGCUCCAUCACAAGUGACAAACGCCAUAAUGAUGGAAAGUGGAAAUCUUUCACCAUGUCCCGAACGAGGCAGAAAGGAACCAUCAUCGUAGUGAACAUUGAUUCAAAUGAAGAAGAGAAGUUGGUGAUGACAUCUCCAGGUGGUGCCACAGGACUCAAUCUAAAGGAAGAUGAGAGGAUAUAUUUUGGAGGUUUACCCAAAUCUGGACAGUACAGGUCAGAGGUAGUUUUGAAGGGAUUUUCUGGCUGUAUUAAAGACAUCGAAGUUUCCAGAACUCCAUACAAUCUGCUGAGUAGCCCAGAUUACACAGGACUGACUAAAGGAUGCUCAAUUGAGAAUCUUCACACAGUGAGCUUCCCCAGGCCUGGAUACAUGGAGCUGAAACCCAUGACGUUUGAUGCGGGCUCAGAAAUCACGCUCUCUUUCAGUACAAAGAAGGAGAACGGCACCAUUCUGUUUGGCAGAGGAGGCGUGACCUCAAUGACACACAGUCUGCCUCCCGCCCAUAUUUCACAACGCAGAUCCCGCAGACAGACAGGAGAGCCUUUCCUGUCUGUCCACCUGAAUAAAGGAGCUCUGGAGGUUCUGGUGUUUACAGGAUUUAAAAACCCACGCAGGGCUAUCAGAAAAGCAGACAAAGGAAUACUGCAUGAUGGACGAGAACACUCACUGCGGAUCCAGAGACCGCAUGCAUUGUCUUUCUCUGUCCAGGUGGAUGAAGAACCCCUCAUCCAGCAGACGUUGCUCAGCAGUCAGCCAAUAAGCAUUCAUCGCCUCUUCAUUGGUGGUGUUCCUGUCGGCAUGGGGUCAGGUCAACAGAGGUCAAAUGUGCCGUUUGAGGGCUGCAUCUGGAACCUUCUGAUCAACACUGUCCCUGUGGAUUUCUCUCAACCCGUCGCCUUUGAAAACGCAGAGAUUGGUCAUUGUCCUGACUUGGCUUCACCACCAACUGAGGUUCCUGAGGAAGAAGAAGAAGAAGAGGAGGAUGAGACCACGCCCACUCCUGCGAUCAGACCAACACCUGCCAAACCUCCACCGGCCACGGCCCCCACUGAGAUCAGCCCCUUGCCAGACACGCCCACCAAAGAGCCCCGGGGUUCCUGUGCUGUUGCAGCAGAUCCUGUCAUCCUAGAACAGGCUAAACAGUUCGGUCUGUCCCGAAACAGUCACAUGGCCUUUGAAUUUGAUGACACCAAAGUGAAAAACAGGUUGAUAAUAGAGUUUGAGAUGCGAACAGAGGCAGAUUCUGGUCUGGUCUUCUACAUGGCCAGAAUAAACCAUGCUGACUUUGCCACCAUCCAGGUGAAGGGGGGAAUAGCUCACCUGAGUUAUGAUCUGGGCAGUGGUAACACCUCCACCAGCGUGCAGCGCAUAGUUAACGACGGACAGUGGCACAAGUUUCGUGUUGUAAGAGAGAAGCAGAGAGGAAUUCUGACCAUCGAUGGCCGUUAUUCAAAUCAAACGACCAGCCCAAAGAAAGCUGAUAUUCUGGAUGUUGUGGGAAUGUUGUAUGUGGGGGGCUUACCCAUCAAUUACACCACCAAACGCAUCGGACCUGUGUUGCACAGUAUCAACGGCUGCAUCAGAAAUUUUAAGAUGCUAAAUCUGCCAUUGGACAUGGACAAACCCACAUCCAGCUACCUCGUCGGAUCCUGUUUUACCAAUCCAGAGAAGGGAACUUAUUUUGAUGGAACUGGCUAUGCCAAAGCUGUUGCUGCAUAUCGAGUUGGGAAUGAUGUGUCUUUGAAUCUUGAGUUCCGGACAGCACAGAAGAGUGGAGUUCUGUUGGGCGUCAGCAGCCAAAAAAUGGAUGGACUUGGUAUUGAACUUGCCAACGGAAAGCUCUUGUUCCAUGCUAAUAAUGGAGCGGGCCGCUUCACAGCCAUAUAUGAGCCUGAUCAGGAGGCGGGGCUUUGUGAUGGACAGUGGCACACUGUGUCCGCCCACAAACUGAAGCACCGCCUUGAACUCAUUGUGGAUGGGCGUAGGUCUGAGGCAGUGAGCCCUGAUCCUCGCUCUCCCUCUGCCGAUACCAAUGACCCCAUUUAUGUGGGAGGAUACCCAGGCGGUGUGAAUCAAUCUGGACUCACUAUAAACACAUCAUUUAAAGGCUGCAUGAGAAACCUGAAAAUCACUAAAUCUGGAAAGAUUCUGGAGGUGCAGAUGAACAAAGCCUUGGAGCUCAGAGGAGUUCAGCCUCUCACCUGCCCUGCUGGAUAAACACACACACAAUGCACACACAAACACACACAUGUUGGCAUGUUAAUGGAAGUCAAUAGUGCCCCAGAUCUGCUUGGUUACAAACAUUCAUCCAAAUAUCUUCCUUUGCAUUCAGCAGAAAAAAGAACUAGUUUGUUUUUUAAGCCUUUUGGUUUGCAUAUGUAAACAACUAGCUGGAUCUCACAUUCAUUUAACACAAAUUCUGUAAAAUUCCCAAAACUAACCAGAGACUGCAGAAACUACUCCAGACCUCAGACUCUUUAAAGUCAUGAGGAGCAUUAGACUUAUUUUGUUUCAAUCAAAACCUUAAUAACCAAAACUGAUUCUUAAGAAGAAAUAUUGAAGUAAUAAUUAAAACCAGACCACAUUCAUAGAAACAAAUUCAUAUCUGACAUUAUUUACAUUCAUCCUUAAAUGUUGCUCAUAGUAGAUGCCCAUCUGAACACACAACACACGUUUAACACUCUCAUGUAGAGUUUAUUUUAUUAUCUACUUAGUUCAUAUUGUCCAAUGUUAUUAAUGUAAAGAAUCUUCUGAGUGUUCACACUUACAUGAUUCAGACAUAUGAGUCCUGAUUCAGAUCAGAUUUUUUUGUUCAUUUGCAAAAAAAAAAUGGAUUCGUUACAAAAAGAUGAAGUGUGAAUUUUAAAGAUGAAACCGCAUUUAAAGAACUGUGUCAGCUGCAUGAGGAACAAUGGCGAGGAUAUCUGUCUGCAGUGUUUGAAUGGAAGUGAUUCUGAAAGGUUUUCACGUGGUUUUCUCUCAGAGGUCUCUGUGUGGUUUUUUCUCCUUGUUUAGCAUGCUGUGAUAUCAUGAACUGUGUUUCAAAAUAAAGAAAUAUCCCUGCA